CUUUCAGAGUUCUAGUGUAGUAACUGUUUAUGCGCGCAAAUUUGAAUGCGAAAUCGUUGGAGUUGCAAAUUUAUGUUAUGUUCAAAAAUGGAAGUGCACAAAGAUGCAAAUCUAGAAGUUUAAAUUGCAUAACAAAAUUCUAUGUGAAAGCGUAAAGAUUAAUAUAUGGUUAUAUAAAGAAAAUAAAAAGACCUCCAAUAACUUUCAAUUCUAAAGAAAUGUAUAUCUACUAAACAUUGAACUUCUUUUCAAUGUCUGACAUACCUAUUUAUUUGAGAAGAAUUAUUGAGCAACUUGAUGAUGUCCAAUUCUCAAUUCAGGACAAAGAGAAUGUCAAUCAAGAUCCCUUACCAGAAAAGUUAAGUGGAAUCUCUCAUAUAGUUCUUCAAAAUGAUACCACUAGAUUUGAUGAUCUUGACGGUAUUGUUAUUCCUGAUAUUCCUUUAGAAGGAGAAGUCUUAUAUCAUAAUCAAUCUGUUGAUUAUGACAACUCUCUGCAAUUUUUAUUUGAUAAUGCCCAUAAAUUUAAUGAUCCAACCAAUCCAUUAAUAGUCACUUUAUAUUUUAAGCUUGGUUUCGAUGAUGAUGAAAGACCAUUGUAUGAUUUAAUUUUAAGAGCAAAUUCACUUCAACAAUUAGGAAGUUUUAAGUUCAAAAUUUAUAUCUUCAAAUUUGUUGAUCAUGAAAAACCAAAUAGAUUUAUGAUGCCAAAGUUAGAUUAUUUGAUGAAGUUAAAUAUCAUUGCCUUUAGAUUCGAUACUGAUAUGAUACCGGAAAAUACCCCUACAAACGAUUUUGACUUCUAUCAAGAUACUAUUAGAUGUCAACCUUCAAUUCCAAUAUGUUGGUUAAGUUCAGAACUAGAAGAAUUAUAUAUUGGUCAAAAAGUUAGUUUAGAAGGUCAAAUUCAAGGUCUUACAUUUCCUAAACUUUCUUCUCUUGGUAUUGAAAGUUAUGAUAUAAUUUCAUGUCAUAAUUUGUCAUUUUUGGUUAAUUCUCAUAAUCAUUUAAUUAAGACUUUGACUCUAAGAGAUGAUAGUAGUGCAAUUGAAAUUCCAGAUAUGCCUGUGCUUGAAAAGUGUACUUUAAUAGGUAACUCAGAUGAUUAUAUUUCUAGACUUUAUACAGCUUUGAGAUGGGCCAAAGUAUUGUAUUGUUAUGGUUGCCAAUUCCACUUUUUAUCAGAUGUGUUAGGAGAUCUUGAUUUGGCUCAUUCAGAUAUUGAACUUUUUUAUCUGGUUGAUUCAAGAGAUCCAGAUUCAACUAGAAGGGAAGCUGAAAGAUUAAAUUCAGCUUAUGGAAUACGUACUACCGAAGUUCCAUUGUUAGCUCAACAUAUUACAAUUCAUUCACCAAUUCGUGUUCGUCUAGAUUAUGACCAAGACCAUUCAGCAACUAGGUAUAGAUUACGCACUCUUAGGAACCGUCCAAGUUAUAACUAUGUAGAUGGUAAUCCAGGAGAAUUUUUACAUAUAUUUGUAAUAAAUGGUAUGAGAACUAUUUUAUAAAAUGAGUUGAAGGGAAUAUCUUGAUACUUUAUAUCCUUUUUUUUCCUAUUUUCCCUCCGCCUUUUGCUUUUUGAUUUUUCCUCUAACAAAACAUAUUCCCUUAUUCAUAAUAAUUAGAUAUUUACAUUAGUUGACUUUGGUUUUAUUGAAAUCAAAUUAGAAUUUCCCCAUUCACUGCAACUUCCAAAUAUAUAAUCAAAAAGCUGUUAUUUGAUUUAAAUUCGUCUUUUUAGUUGUUUAUUUAAUUUAUCUAGUGCUGAAUCAUAUGCUUGAAAGCCAUAUUUCCAAUAACUAUUAAGCUAUAGUC